AUGGCUUCGUUCGCAGAUCCCCACAGAGAUUUCUUUCACUCAAUCUUCAAAGCGUCUUGUAACAAGGCAACAGUCGCAAGAGCAGAGCCAGAUUUGAGUCUUACGCUUGGGAGGAGGAGUUCUUCAAAUGUUUUUAUUGUGCAUGGUAAAGAUGAAAAAGAUUGGUUGAGACUUGGGGUUCCAAACGCUACUACUUCAUCAUUUUCGACAUCAAAUUUUGAAUCAGAAAAGGUAGAAAAAUCGUCGAACACAAAAUCUUCUUUUCGUGAGAAGAGAACAAAGAUUUCUUGCGACAAGAGCAGUGAUGAAGUUCCCAUGGCAUGUAUUUUUUGUGGUGGUAGUGCUAGAUUUGACUACUACAACAAUAAGAACAUCAAUCAGCCAAGAUUUCGGUGCCUGAAGUGCAAGAAGAAGUUCACUCCAGGCGCAAGUUUGAGGGGAGCACAGCGCAAGAAACUUGCAGAGCUCCACAGGAUGACUCAACAAGUUUGUAAAUUCAACACAUACACCAAAGAAUAA